UCUGCCUUCCCCACCUCCCGCCGCUCAGUCCUCACCGUGCUCAGCCCGGGCGCUGCCGAACUCCGUGCGGCACCGGGCAACAGCACAGACCCUGCAGCCAUGGACCCCAAGGACCGCAAAAAGAUCCAAUUCUCAGUGCCGGCACCCCCCAGCCAGCUGGACCCCCGCGCCGUGGAGAUGAUCCGCCGGCGGAGGCCCACGCCUGCCAUGCUGUUCCAGCUCUCUGAGCACUCAUCCCCAGAGGACGAGUCCCUGCCCUACCAGCGAGCCUCCGGCGAGGGCUGUCUGCUGAAACCAAAGAGGACCAACCCGUGUGCCUACACACCACCCUCGCUCAAAGCGGUGCAGCGCAUCGUGCAGUCCCACCUGGAGAGUGGCCUGGCUGGAGGGGACAGCUCUGAUGGAGAGCCCGAUGACGGGGACCCCGAGCUGACCCGUGCCUGCGACCCAGACAGCGCCCUCGAGCCUGCCCUGGGGAGCCAGGCCAGAGCCGAGCGGAGCGUCUUCCCCGCCACCAAGGCACACAAGAGGAAAGGGGGGCAGAAGGUGUCCUUUGCGGGAGGCAUCGCUGAGCGCAGCGAGGACCUGAAGGCGCUGACGGUGUCCGACAUCCCCGAAGACCCCGAGGACCCCGAGGGGGGUGAAGGCGACGAGGAGGAGCCGGAGGACGGCAGCAAGCACAGCGAGGAGCGGCAACACGCGGGCCUGGCAGGCACGGAGCGCCGCCAGAAGAGGCCCCCCGAGCCCCCCGGACCGCCGCCGCCGCCGCCUCUCUCCGAAGCAGACCUCUCCAGUGCAGCCCCGGAGCUGAACCCGGCCGUGACAGCUGCUCUGCUGCAGCUCUUUUCCCAGCAAGAGGAGCCUCUGAGCCACGCCGAGCACCAGGCCGCCCGCUCCGCUGACUACAGCAGGUCCCACUCGUCCAGGACUUACAGCACCGAGGGCUCUGAUGGGGGAUUCGGGGCCGAGGAGCUGAACUCUGGCCAGACGCUGUUGGAACCCUCUGCCCAGACUCUGGGGAAAAGCAGGACCUUUUUGGGCUCCGUGAGCCACCUCGGGGAGACGAGCAACUACCAGGGCAUGGGCUCUGUCCAGUUCCCAGGGGACCAGGACCUCCGCUUCACCAGAGUCCCCGUGGCGCUGCAUUCGGUCGGGCAAUCCUUCAGCAAAACCGAGGGGAGCAACAACACGCUGGUACACCCGGAGGCCAAAAUCCAAACCUACAACGAGCUGGGGGGUGCCGGCGGCAGGGGGGCGGUGAAUGGUGCGAACGGAGGGCGCUGA